GUCAAAUUGACUCAAGUUUUCACAGCUGAAGCUAUAAACUGCUUAAGCAGAGAAGCAGCUCUCCUGUAGACAUGGACGAUGCUAAAUUCUUAAAACAACAUGGUUAUAUUAUGGGUUUAACUUUAGGAGAAGGAUCUUAUGCCACGGUGAAGUCUGCAUACUCCAAGCAACUCAAAGCAGAUAUAGCUGUGAAGAUAAUAGACAAGAAAAAAGUGAAUGAUGAUGAUAUUUGGGAGAAAUUCCUACCAAGGGAACUGGAGAUAUUAAAAUUAGUGAAUCACAAAAAUAUUGUAAAAACUUAUGAGAUGUUUGAGAACCACAGUGGAAAGAUUUACAUUAUCAUGGAGCUUGCAGUUCAUGGGGAUUUACAGAAAUAUAUACAGUCCAGAGGGACACUCCCAGAAGAUAUGUCCCAAAAGAUGUUUCUUCAGUUAACAAUGGCCAUAAAGUACUGUCAUGAAAUCAAUAUUGUACACAGAGACCUGAAGUGUGAAAAUCUUCUUUUGGACAGUAACUAUAAUAUCAAGCUGUCAGACUUUGGGUUUUCAAGAUACUGUGCUUGUGAUGAAAAAGGGUGUAUCAUACUAAGUCAAACAUUCUGUGGUACAGUUGCUUAUGCAGCACCAGAAAUGUUACAAAAUAAACCUUACCAACCAAAGAUCUCUGACAUCUGGAGCAUGGGUGUUGUUUUGUUUGAAAUGAUCUUUGGCUCUAUGCCAUUCGAUGGCUCUAAUAUCAAACAGAUAGUACGUGUUCAGAAAAAGCACAAAGUGAACUUUCCAAGAUCUAAAUGUGUAACAUCGGAGUGUAAAGACUUAAUUGUCUGCUUACUUCAUCCAGCUGCAAAGAAACGACCUACUAUUGAGACGAUUCUGGCUCAUCCCUGGAUGAGGCCUACAAAACCUGAAAGUGCAGAUGAUGGAAAGAAGCCAUGGAAAAUGCUCUCAAACAGCAGACAUGCACAAAGAGCAACUAAAAAACAAUUCAAACUCAAGCAACAGAAAAAACUAUUCAAAAUCAAGACACUAGCAAUGAAUAUAAAUUACACGAUAAAGCCAAAACUAACACCAGAUAAAAUCAGAACACAGCUGAAACAGAAUGCAAAAAAUAAAUCUAAACCUGAUGCAGAAUGAAGUAAAGGAGUAUAGAAGAGUUACUGUUUAAUACAAAAUGUUGUCAAAU